AUGGCAGACAACAAUGGCGUGCCGCGAAGAAAGCCCGUCCCUCACUCCGCACAAGAGCUCCCCGAGAACUGGGCGCAAGAACUGACGGCGCAAUUCCGUCGGACCCUCUCCACCAAGCGCAUGAAUGAAUUGAGCAGUCGCUCGCCCUCUCAGCGUCGCCCGUCGUCUCGCCGAGUACCCACCGAUAUUGUCGUUGAGCGCCGACGACGCGACAUCGCCUCUCCUCCUCCGCUUCCACCAUCCCGACAGGCUCCUCCUCCUCCCCCUCCUCCAGCAGCAGUACCAGAAACGCCCGCUGAACCCUCAAACACCUCCACCGCCGAAUCCUCAGACAUCGCCGCCGACUCGCCACCCGCAUACGCCUCCCUCAAAAACAUCCCUGCCGUGCCUACCGCGCCGACCGAUCAAUUCUCGCGCCGCUUUCGCAACUACCUCAUCAACCUCUCCUCCACGCCUGUAACAUGGGAGAACCCCGGCCUACUCGACGAAGCCCUGCGCGUCGUGCCGCUCCAGCGGAUCUACGACGAGGCACAGGAAGAGGCGGACCUGCUCACAGCCGAGGCGGCUUCAUUAGGCGACAACAUCCUCCCCGCCUGGGGCUACCAAGACUGCGUCAUCCGCGCUCUCAUGAAAUGGUUUCGCCGCGACUUCUUCGAGUGGGUCAAUAACCCCAAAUGCUCCGCCUGCCGCUCCCCCACCAUCGCGCGAGGAAGAGCCGCCCCGUUACCCGAUGAAGCAGCACGAGGCGCGAACCGCGUCGAGCUCUACCAAUGCGCCCACCCUCAAUGUCAAUCUUACGAACGUUUCGCCCGAUACAACGAUGCCUUUGUCCUGCUUCAGACGCGACAAGGCCGUGUAGGCGAAUGGGCCACCUGCUUCGGAAUGCUGUGCCGCGCGCUGGGUAGUCGCAUUCGAUGGGUAUGGAAUCAGGAAGAUCACGUCUGGACGGAGGUGUACAGCGUGCAUCGCAAGCGUUGGGUGCAUGUUGAUUCUUGCGAGGAAGCGUGGGAUGCGCCCCGUCUUUACACUGAAGGCUGGGGCAAGAAGCUCUCCUACUGCAUCGCCUUCUCCGCCGACGGCUGCUGCGACGUCACCCGCCGCUACGUCCGCAACCCCGCCACCCACUCCGUCCCCCGCAACAAAGUCACCGAAGGCGAACUCCUGCACAUCAUCCGCGAAAUCAACGCCCUGCGCCGCAAAGACAUGGACAAGAAGCAGAAGUUCCAGCUCAACGCAGAGGACAUGCGCGAAGACGCCGAACUCCGCAAGUACAUUAUCGAAGCGCUCGCGUUUAACGUGAGUCGCAUCUUGCCUGGUGGAGACGGGGAGAAGGCUUCCAUGCGCGGGCUCGAUACCGCUACCAUGGCUGCCGCCGCUGCGCGGAGGGAACGCCGCGGUGGCGCGAGUGGAGACGCGGACGCGGCGAAGGCUGCGGAGCAUGCGAGGGGCGCUGCUGGCGACGCAGAGCGCGUGCGCCGCGCUGGCAAUACUACUGUUGGCGAGCAGCGGCCGCCUGGGAGCAAUGGGCAGAGUCCUCCGCGGAGGGAGCAUCAUCGUCGUGCAUAG